CUUCAAUCACGACGCCCUCCUCGAACGGAAGCAUCCAUCUUCGGUGCGUCCCCAUUUCCAACGGUCCAACUUUGUCACAUUCUUGCUGGUGACCAUGACCACCGCUGUUAUGAUGGAUUACGAGUUUAAGAUGAAAACCCAGCAGGAGCGGGCCAAGGUAGAAGACUUGUUUGAGUACGAGGGCUGCAAGGUGGGCCGGGGAACGUACGGUCACGUGUACAAAGCACGCCGCAAGGAGGGUAACGACGCAAAGGACUACGCACUGAAACAGAUCGAAGGAACUGGACUUUCGAUGUCGGCUUGUCGCGAGAUUGCGUUGCUGCGCGAACUAAAGCAUCCCAACGUGAUCAAUCUCAUCCGAGUGUUCCUGUCCCACACGGACCGGAAGGUUUGGCUACUGUUCGAUUACGCAGAGCACGAUCUUUGGCAUAUCAUCAAGUUUCACCGGGCGGCUAAGGCCACCAAAAAGCCCGUCAUGGUGCCGAAGGGGAUGGUGAAAAGUUUACUGUACCAGAUUUUGGACGGCAUUCAUUACUUGCACAGCAACUGGGUUCUUCAUCGGGAUUUGAAACCGGCCAACAUUCUUGUGAUGGGUGAAGGCAACGAACGAGGGCGCGUGAAGAUAGCCGACAUGGGCUUUGCUCGGCUAUUUAACGCCCCGUUGAAACCCCUAGCGGACCUUGAUCCGGUGGUGGUCACGUUUUGGUAUCGUGCGCCAGAGCUACUACUUGGUGCGCGCCAUUACACGAAAGCGAUCGAUAUCUGGGCCAUUGGAUGCAUUUUUGCUGAGCUGCUCACAUCGGAACCUAUCUUCCACUGCCGCCAGGAGGACAUCAAAACAAGCAAUCCGUAUCAUCACGAUCAGUUGGAUCGUAUUUUCAAUGUGAUGGGCUUCCCGCAGGACAAGGACUGGGAGGAUAUCAGGAAGAUGCCGGAACAUCACACGCUCACGAAGGACUUCAAACGUUCUAAUUAUGCCAGCUGCUCCCUGAUAAAGUACAUGGAGCGCCACAAAAUUAAGCCGGACAGCAAAGCGUUUCAUUUGCUGCAGAAACUGCUGUUGAUGGAUCCGAAUAAGCGCAUCACGUCGGAACAGGCAAUGCAGGAUCCUUACUUCUCGGAAGAUCCCAUGCCGACGGCGGACGUGUUUGCGGGUUGUCCGAUACCGUACCCAAAGCGAGAGUUUCUCACUGACGAGGAUCAGGACGAUAAGGGUGAGAAGCGGCAGCAACAGCAAAACAACCAACAGCAGCAGGGCAAUCAGCAGCAAAAUCAGCAAGGAAAUCAACAGCAGCAAAAUGCUCAACAACAGCAGCAACAGCAGUCUGGAAAUCCCCAGCAAAUGCAACAGGGUGGUGGCGGUGGGCAAUCGGGAGGAGGCAUGGAUCAUAAUGGGGCGAAGCGGGUCCGGAUGGCGGGUCCAAACGGACAUCCGAACAAUCAGCAGGGCAGUGGCAUGACCCAGCAAGACUAUCAUCAGCAACAGCAGCAACAAAAUCAACAACAAACUCAAAUGAUGUUCAACAAUGCCAACAACUUUCAACAGCGGUAUUAAAAC